UAAAUAGUUAAUACUAAAUUCCUGUAAAAUCUAGCUUACUAACCAAAAACCGAAAAAUGUCGAAAGGUAAUCAGGCUAACUUUACCAAGAUCUGGGAUCUCGGAAAAUGGAAUUCGCGGGAUAUCAAGCACUAUAGCUCCAUAUCGCGCAUCCAAAAGCAGCUUCGCCUGGGAAACUGGGAAUAUCUCUGUAAACAUCCAGAGAUACGUGCCAUAAUUCGCGUAAUCCUACAGCAGGCCCUUAACGCAAAGCCAAAGCCAGAUGAUCUCCGCAAGUUUGUGGCGGAAUUAUUCAACUGCGGACAGAAUCCUUUGCUGGUGCCUAUGAUAAACACCCAGCUGAAGUACGUUAAGGAUCAAUUAGCACGUGGUCGCUGGAGUCAGUUUGAUGCUGAGAUGAUCUUCAUGGAAAGUCCUUCGACACACUCCCUCCUCUCAACAGCCUCCGAGGACAGCAAUGUCCAUCCCGUCCUCACUUAUGCCUUAGUCUUCAAGAAACCAGACGAGUGUGGCAUCGAUAAGCCCCCAUUCUAGAACCCAAAACAUUGGC